AUGGUCGAACACUAUAGAUUGCAGGGCUUCAACCAUUUCUAUCUCUAUAUAAAGGAAAUUGAUGAUUAUUCCAAAAAGCUCCUUCUAAGCUAUGAGGCUGAUGGUGAUGCAGAGCUCAUAUAUCUUAAAGCCAAAACACCAGGAGCUCAUCUCCAAUAUGCAGCGAUGCAGGUCUUCUGGCUUUGGGUACACAGAGUAAAAUACUUUUAUCCUACGUAUAGAACAAUGCUUAUAAAUCCAGCCGUCGUUUACAUUAGACACUAUCGUGAUGUUUCCGCCGGAAAUUGGGGAAACGUAUGGAUGCUUCCGAUGGCCAAGUUUGGAGAAUGGAACGAAACUCAUUAUCCAGAAGAACUCAUGAAUGCGCUCUAUGAUCGAGUAAAAAGGAAGCUCGAUAGUGUUUACUUGGAGUAGCAAUAUCUUCAUAUUCAUUCAUAACGAAAGUAUCACACUUUGUCCCAAUCGGGAUUAGUUCGAAAGAGAACCUGAAAUCGCGCUCGCUCGCUC